AACCAGAAAGUUAAACAUUCAUGAAUCCCCCCCUUCCCAAAGGACAAGAUCAGGACAACAUUCAAAGCGAACGCGCGUGGAGUCGAUUUCAAUCGAAAAACUAAACGACAGCUUCCACGAUGAGAAGCCCGCGGUGCUUGCUGACCUUCUCCGCGGUUCUUGUCCUGCUGCUCAGCACGCCGAGGAGUACGCACGCCACCACCUUCCAAGGCGCUUUCCCGCACCCGAACAAAUCCAACCCCAACGAACCAGAGCGGUGCCUGCCGCCCCCAAUCAGUGGAUUCAUCACCCGCGGGAUGGCGCCCGCAGCCAUCGCCGAGGAGGUUUUGGAGUCCAGUCAGGAGGCACUGCACGUCACGGAGCGUCGGUACCUGCGCUUGGACUGGUGCAAGACCCAGCCGCUCAAGCAGACUAUCCGCGAAGACCGAUGCCUGAGCCGAACCAUCAUCAACCGCUUCUGCUAUGGCCAGUGUAACUCCUUCUAUAUCCCGCGGCACGUUUACCAGGACGGGAGCGCGUUCGAGUCCUGUUCGGCGUGCGUACCCAAAACCUUCAGCACGGUCACUUACACUCUUUUCUGCCCCGGACAAACGCCCAAUACCAGGAAGAAACGCGUCCAGCGCGUAAAGCAGUGCAGGUGCACUACAAUCAACACGGAUUAAGACCUGACGUGGAUCUUCUUUUGUCUGGGAGAGAAAAAAAAACAACUAAAACUCUGGGCGUCUGUUUGCAAGCAGGGGGGGGCAACCGGAAUGAAACGUUAUUGAAACAAGAGGAGUUUCAUAUAGUGACAUUUUCAUCUUUAUUUCCUGAUCAGUUCCAACUAUGGACUCGAAACAAUCCAAACAGUCAUCCGGUUUUCAAACAUGACCAUAUAUUUACCUUUAUUAUUGCAUUCCUGUUAUAAAAGUGGGAAGUGUUCAUGAAUUCAAAUAAAUUGUAAAGUUAGUCUCGUAUAUGCUAACGUACAAAUCAAAAAAAAUUUUUUCAGUCUAUUAUUGAAUGAGGAUCUUCAGUUGAGUUCAUGUUAGCUUCUUUAUGCCGCAGUCGUUCUUUCUGUUGGGAAUAAAGCACCGUAUCAGUGGAAGCAA